AUGACAACAAAUGAGCCCGAAGACUUCGGCAUCAUUCUGGUCGUACUGGACCGCUCGCAUGUUGCUGUCGUAAGGCCGCAGCUGAUGACCGCAAAUUGGAUUACAAUGCCUCGACUAGGCAAAAUGGCAUCAGGCACGCAUUCGGUAAUUAGUUGUGCAGCUCUGCUCUGGACCACCAUCGCUGCUGGGUUCAUGGUAUCUGUGCCUGUGGCUGAACGCGAGGCUCAAGCAGGGUCAAACGUCCGGGAGGAAGCGAGCGCAAGAUUACCGCUGCCCGGAUUGUGA